CUUGUGACCUCAAGUAAGUGGAAACGAUUGAAUCAUCGCAUUUUGUAGAUCUCGUGCAACCACUGAUACRUAGCUUCAGACGCGUGAUUGACAUAUAAUUCUUUGGCUUACUUCAUUCCCACGAAACGACUCAUAGGCCUGGCCUAGGACGAUGGAUGCACAUGCAAUCGGCAGCCAGUCGACACACUGCUGCUAUAGCAUCGGGUUUACUGAAACAGAAACGUUGUGGAGAGCCUGAUGCGGGUCCAUAUUGCAUUGCAAAACCUAGCGGUUUCGGUAGGAUAGCCGAAUUCGUGGGUUGGAUUUUGUCGUUUUUCUACGGUGGCUAUCAAUCGAUCAUGGCGAUAGAAACACCAGGAGGUGAUGACGACCAACAAUGGUUGACAUUCUGGGUGAUCUUUGUUGGGUCUAUGUCUUUUGAACACGCAUUUGCCCGUGUCUUGCUUUCCAAAUUUCCACUCUACUACCAAUUCAAGUUGGUCGCCAUCACUUGGCUCAUAUUUUUCGAUGGUGCCAACUAUUUAUACCGCAAAUUUCGAAGAAGUAUUUCAGAAUGGUCACCAAAUUUUGUUGAUGCUCUUGAUGAUUUCAAUCACAAAAAUGCCCAGAACCAAUUGGAUUCGAUGGUACAAAUAGGCGGAAAGGUUGUCUCUGAUAAGAUUGCUCUUCUGGAAAGCAAUCUAAAAAGCAAUCCAGCCCAGAGGAAUUGUUUUUUGUAUACGAAGUCGUCGAAAGUGACUCCYUGGGAAUAUGAUUACACCGAUACGAAACGAGGAGUAAACAGAAUAUCGUUAACUGCAGAAGAAAGUCUGUUCCAGCUAUCGAAAUGGAUGCUGGGCAGCGAAGGGAUGGAAGAAUUGGAACACAAAUUAAGGAGUAACGAAGUUGCUAUGCUUCUCGAACGCGCAGCUCCUGUAGUAUCCUUUCAACCAAAAUUUUUGAACAUCCAUCUUAUCGGAACAAGACCUGGACGACUUGGACAACUACCGGUAAUGGAUGCGAAUGGCAAAGCAGACUGUUACGUCAAGUUCUCUGUGGUGAACGAGACAUCGUACUCGACUUUCGACUGUACGCAAGCAAGGGAACAGAAGGGGUCUUUCAGGAAUUUCUCGGCUAUGACGCAACGGGAAAUAUCUACUGUGACAUCUCGGAUCGCGUACCGGACGCUCGACCCGGAAUGGAACCAGCGAUUAGAGAUGCCGCUCAAAGGUGGAUCGCURGAAAAAAGCGGGAUCUAUAUAAACUCCGAUUUCAAUAGCCAAAUCCUGCUGGUGGAAGCUUGGGAUGCCGAUUGUGGAGCAUGGGGAAUCACCCUCGAGAUCUUUCGAUUUUCGGGCUGCUCGUUGGUGUGCGCUCUGAUCGCUGCGUACGUGCUGGGUGCUAUAGAUUUUUUCUUUCACGAAACACUCACGACGGAACAGUGGUGGUGGAAAACGGCGAUUAUAGCCACUACGUGCUGUGUUGUUGUCGGCUUCGCACUCACGUACAUGAAAUCUGUGGUUCUGAGAGCAGACGACGAGUUCAUUGCGCAUGCUGCGGYGCCUCUCGAAAUACUAAAAGACCAAAUGACGCACUCGCUGUUUCUGACGCUUUCCGACAAAUGGAAACAAAGAUGUGUUCUUCGAAUCAAGCUACGCUUGUCGGAAAAUUAAAAUUUGAAUGUGCAAUUCAUAAUUAUUGUUCGUAUCAUUUGCGAUUUUUGAUUUGUAGUGCAAUCGUUAGUACCGUAUCGUGUACUGAUGUUUGCGAGCCAAGAUCGUGGUCAUUGUAAUACAAUGCAAUCGACGAA